AUGACAAGGGAGGGAGAAAAUAAAAUGGAAGUGGAUGAAAUAAAUUCCUCAUCAGAAGAUUUGAAGGAACAGAAAUCGGUAGCAGAAUGUGCAUCCAUAGAUAAUUCAGAAAAUGCAAGAAUAAAUCUAGAUGAAAAUAAUUACAAUUAUUUUAAUUAUAAAGAGGAUGAUAAAUUUGUGCAUACCAAGUUGGAGCCAAUCGAAGAUGGGUAUCAAAAUGAAAAUCCAAUGAGCAUUUUUAAUGAACAUUUAGCUAAUAACUUAAAAAAUAUUGAAAGUUACAAAAUAAAUCUGCCUGACCAGGAGAAGGAAGAAGCAGGGCACUAUUACAGUGAUGUGGAGAUGCAACUGAGGAACGAGAAAGACAUUUUAAAAAUACUCGAGGAAGAAGACGUUGGUGUUGAUGCUAUUAGUCACUGCAGCAUUGAGAACCAUGUUCAUGAUAACACGCACGGUAAUACUCAUGAUGCUUUGCAUGAUGUUUCUAAUGAUGCUUUGCAUGAUGAGGUGCAUGUCAAGUCAGAACCCAAGGCGCACACAGGUGCAGAUGAUCAGGAACAUCCAGCAGAAAACCUGUCGAACGUCCAUGCACACACACAAAAUGGAACAAGUUCACCAACAAAUGAAACAAAUAACAUUGCGAGAGAAGAUGCUGAAAGCACAAUGAAUCACACAUAUCCUGAUAUAAGUAAGGAAAAAGAAAAAGGAGACACAAGCAGUGUGUACAAAGAAGCCGACAGAGAUGAAGAGACAUGUGUUGACAAGAGUAGAGACUUGCAGGUUACUAAUAAUUAUGAUAAAAACAAUGGACAAGUGGGAAAAGAACUUUCAUUAAGAAAUAUCAAUAUGAAGGGUCAUAAAGACGAGCACAAAUAUUACUAUCGUUGUUUCUUGAAACAGAAUAAUGAACACCAUAAAAUUAAAAAUAAAGAAUUAACAAAAGCGAAGAAAAAUAAAGUCAAGUGUACAGAAAAUAGUAGAAAUAAACACAAAAAUAAAUUUCUUCUAUUUUUUCAAAAGAAAACUUGUCUCACUUCAAUCAACAAGCAUAAGAAUCACUACAGCAAUGACAUUGACUAUGCUGAAGAAAAUUUCAAAAGCAAAUCACUUCCCAGUAGUUAUGAUGGAGACAAUAAGGAAAAUCCUUACACUCGAGAUAACUUCGAUGCAAUGUUCAACCGUUACAAGAUAGAUAAGUUGAAAGAGUCCUGUGCGAUGGAAAAAUCUGAGAGAAACAAUCUGACAAAAGGAUCAAAAAAAUACCCAAAUGGUGAUCUUACGAAUGAUCCUACGAAUGAUCCUACGAAUGAUCCGACGAAUGAUCCUACAAAUGAUCCUACGAAUGAUCCGACGAAUGAUCCGACGAAUGAUCCUACAAAUGAUCCUACGAAUGAUCCGACGAAUGAUCCUACAAAUGAUCCUACGAAUGAUCCGACGAAUGAUCCGACGAAUGAUCCGACGAAUGAUCCUACAAAUGAUCCUACAAAUGGAUCUUAUAUUUCACGUCGAACGGGAGGGGUAGUAGCUCCUCUCUAUAAAAAGGACAAAAUUGGUAAGAAAAAUAACGAUUUAACUUUUCAUGCAAGUUGGACUUGUCCUAUGAAGACAGAUAAUGAUAUCAUUUUAGAUUUUCAAACUGAAAGCGCCUCUUGUGUAGAUCUGGAGGCACACAAAAGAUCCACACGCAUGGGAAAAGGAAACAGGAAUAGACGCAACCAUGACAGUGGUGGAAGUGGAAGUGGACGAGACGAUGAAAAUGGACUCGGUAGUGGAUGUGGGAACGAAAAGAAAUUGUCGUCCGAAACUAUCAUGAGAAAAAUCUACAGUCUAGAAAAAAUAAAAUCUUUCAUGUCGAACAACACGUUCUUAAAAGAUAAGAAAAGUUUACUUAUAAAAAAGAAAUCUCAAUUAUCAAAACGAGUGAAUUUUUUCUGUCAUCAUUACAACAUUUUGUUGUGUUUCUUUUUCUACAUUCUCUGUUUCGGAUUUGUGAUUACAUCUAUUUGUUACGAUUCAUGGAAAGUGCAUGAAAUUCAGCUAAAGUCUCAGAAUACAGAAAAGUCUGUUCAUAUAGAUAUCGGUGCAACCACUAUUAGACGUGUGCAAAAAGUGUCCGCAAAAAAUGGAGAUGUAACGUUAUCCAUUGAUAAGGAACAAUCUAUGACAUCUUUAAUAAAUAAUGAAAUAUGUAAACAAAUAAAAAAAGAAGAAUUAGAAAAUUUCCUAAUAAACUUGGGAGCUAAUAAUAAGUUAAAAUUUGAAGGGGAUCUUAUUGAUCCCAAGAAAAAUAUAGUAAGUGAGAAAUUUUUAUUAGAUGCUCUAAAAAACCCAGCAGAUGUAGGUUUGUUAAAAGAUGAAAAAUUAAUACUCGCACGUAAAUAUAUUUUUGGGCCAACUAUAUACAAUUUAGAAUGUAAAUUUUUACACAAAUUAAAAAAAGCAGGAACCUUUCAUAAAAUACUUUUAUAUGCAAUUUUAAUUUUUUUAUUUAUUCCAAUUUGUCUACUCUUUCAUAUCCUUCUCAAAUAUAAGAAAAAAAAAAAUAUGCAGAUUAUCAAAUAUGCCUCUUUUCUCCUCGUAAAUUUGGCACUAAUCACAUUGAUCUCAUCCAUAUUUUCAGUCAAUCGAGCUUACAAUAUUCCACUCUGUGUCAUGAAUGAUGGUAGUUCCGAUAUUUGUGAAGAUGGACUUUCCAUUUACUUAAUCCGCUCAUCUAUCAUUUUUCUCAUUUUUUCCAAUUUGUUUUUCUGCAAAUUUGUCAACAUGGUUCAUGAUAAGGGCAGCACCUCCGGGGCUUCAAUCGUUUGA